AUGUACGCAUCCCUAAUCGCGAGUGUCACGAAGAGUGGCCGCAUGCAUUUCCGCAUCAAGUCACCAUGUUCCGACGACAUGAGUCUCUCGGUCCAAUAUACGCCCGUAUCGGUAAUUUCUAUGCUGGAAGAUUGUGAGCGCACACGCCAACUAUUCCAAGAAGAUUCCACUUACCCCGAGCGGCUGUAUAAGGGUGGAGAACGGUGCGGGAAGUGGUGCACUAGCCAGGACCCUGUGACGGUGAGAGGGCCACCUAGAGCACCCAGAAGCAUAUUUGACCGAGAGGCAUCCCUCAGUACAACGGAUGUCAAUUCCUCUGCAUGA